CUGGUGCGGACCCAGGUGGCCGAGUACGUUCGAGCACAGUCCCAGCGCAUGCGCCGCCUCUUGCCUGAGCCGGAUGACCUGGCGACUCACUUUCCUCACCUCAACCUGCAAACGCUCAAGAAGCCAGUACCCUCCUGCAGGCCUCAUCACCUCUCACUCUGACCAGGGCAAUGGCCUUUUGACCGGGCUCCCUCGCUCAAAUCUCUGUCCUUUACAAUUCAUCUUCCAUGUGAUUCCAAAGUGAUGGUCCUGAGGCACACGUGUGACUAUGUCACUCAGUGCUCCACAAAAUCAGCGGAUUAUUAUUAUCUCUAAGUAUCAAAUAGAAACUCCAAUUUGACAUUUACAACUUUCUAUUUCAGCUUUAGUUUUUGGCAUUUCCCUGGCUAUGGUCCAAUUAGGCUGGUCUUCUUGCUUUUCCUCAAAUAUAACACUAGAUUUUCUAUUUGUACUUGUUUCAAGGAAUGGCUGGCUGGCUGAAUGGAUGGGGGAUGGGUGGAGAGAAAGCAUUAAGUGCAUUCUAUGGUCAGGCAUAGGGUUGGGCACUGGGGAUCCAAGGGCCACAUGAGCCAAUUGUUUUGGCCUAGGGUGGAAUGGAUGGAAUGGAUGGAUGGAUGGAUGGGUGGAAUGGAUGGGUGGGUGGGUGAAUGGCUGAAUGGCUGGAUGGGUGGAUGGGUGGAUGGAUGGGUGGGUGGAUGGAUAGAAAACCUCUUAUGGGUCAGGCUCAGGGUUCGGCACUGACUGGAGAUCCAAAGGGCGAAAGUCCAGCAUUAAUUCCUGACCUGGAAGAGCAUUCUAGCUCUACUUGACCUUUAUCCCAUUUUUUGCUCUUCUGGGUCCCUGCCUCCUGGCCUAUCCUAGAGCCAGAAUCCUGUCCCCCUCUAGUACAGCUCCCCUCUCUUCUCUCAGUUCCGGGAGCGGGACUCCCUGGAGGCCGUGUUCACCUUCUGGGCAGCCUCCGAGGCCGAGUCCUCCUUCCCCCUGAGCCGCUUGUGGGACUCUCGACUCCGAGGCUACCUGGGCUCCCGCUACGACGCCCGGCAUGGGGUCAGCGACUGGGAUUUGCACAUGAAGCUGCAUGACCGAGGGGCCCGGGUCAUCAACACCCGAGAGUUUCGUCGUUGGCGGGAAACCAGUGUGGCCUUCGAGAUUAGGGAUGCCUCAGCCUAUCAACUCCCAAACCGGACCCUGGCGUCUGGGCGCCUGAUGAGCCAUCGAGGGGAGCGAGUGGCUGUGCGAGGCUACUGGGGGGACGUGGCUACCGGGCCGUUCGUGGCUUUCGGCAUCGAGUCUGACGACCCGAGUCUUCUGCAGACCCGCAACGGAACCCCUGUCAAGUGCGCUGGUGAGAUCUCCUUGCACAACGUGACCUCAACGUUUCGAAACCAGUGGUCGCCGGGGAGGAGAUUGUCUGGGGUAGAACCUGAAGCCGAGGCGGAGGACAGGGGCCCAGGGUCUGGUGAGGAAGAAUUGGAGGCCCCGAAACAUUCCUUCUUCCUGAUAUCAACAGCUCCUUUUAAUCUAUUCCCUAGAGAAUCCUUGGACUCCAGACCUUUCCGGGUCCACUUCCUGUCCCUGGGGGCCGCCCCGACCCUGCACCAACGAAGUCACUUCUGCAGCCGCUUCCAUCUCCUCUACGUGUCCUGCGGGAUGGUCCACCAGCUGAGCCCGGAGCUCGGCGCCUGCGUGGCUCCUGGGGGCCGCCUGAUUGUGGAAUUGGCCAGGUACCUUGUGGACCUGCGGCCUAACCAGCUAGAGAGUUUCUCUGAUCGAGUCCGGGAGCUGGCUGAGGCUGCCGGCUUCGUGCCAGAGUCCCACGAGAGUCCCCCCGAAACCUUCGCCCGCUUUUCUCGAAAGCCCCGGGAUGGCCCGCUCCCCAAGGAUGCUCAGGGUUUAGGUCAGGAGGCCGAAGCUCCGCCCCUUGAUAACCUGACUCCUCCCUCAAAGAUUCUGAGCCCGCCUCCUGAGACCUCUGAAAUUCUUAGACCAUCCACUAGCCCAGAUGUCGCUGGAAUGGCUCCUUCCUCCGAGGUUCUGAGCCCACCUUCUGAGCCCUCUGAACCCACCCCCUCUGAAAUUCUGAGCCCAUGCUCAAAUGCCGAUGCUCCCAGUGUGCUGAGCCCGCCCCCGGAGGCCUCUGAGCCCGCCCCCUAUGACGUUCUUAGACCAGCCACCCGCCCAGAUGUCUCCGGAAUGCUGAGCCCGCCCCCUGACGCUGUGACCCCACCCUCAGAGGGUCUGAACCUGCCAACGGAUGCUGAGCAGGGCCCUUCUGGAAUUCUGACCCCGCCCUCUGAAGACUCCAUCCCCGCCCUCUCUGGCAUUCCCAGACCUGCCGCAGGUCCCGAUGAUCUUGGAAUGCCCUCUGGGGAGCCGGGUCAGCCCUCUUCCCCAAGACUCUGACCCCAGCCUCGGCAUUUCCAAACCCUUCCCUCGACGAUUCUGCGUUUGGCUCCAGAUCCUGAGGCUCAUGGGAUCCUGAUUCGGCCGCCGAAUUCUAGCUGGGGCUCCUUGGUCCCCGAGUCCUCCCUCAGUGUCUCCCCUUCCCCGCCCCGCCACCUGUCCACGACUAUCUUGACCCCAGGAUUCCGAUCCCGCCCCCCCUCCCCCCGAAUUCUGACUUCUCAGAGUCCCCUGUCCCUCCCAGGGGGUCAGGACUUGUUAGAAUAAAAACUGUCGGACCCUAUCAUCAGUCUGCCAUCUGGGAGGGGGUGCGGCAUAUCGCCACCGCCUUAAGGACAGAGUUCGGGUCCCUGGGUCCCUGAGUCUGGAGCUCAGGAUGUCUGGCUUCCAGAGGGAGCAGGGAGUGCGUCUCACGAUGUCUAGGUCCCCGA